AUGUCGAGACCAAGCCGGGCACCGACGUCGAGUGCGCCCUCGAGCCGGCCCGGAAAAGAGAGAUCCAUGGUGCGCGGGGAACUCGCUGUCGCCAUUAGCUCUACGUAUCGCGCUUAUCACCCCGGCCGAAGACGUCUCGCUCCCAUUACCCUCCUACCGAAACACGACACCACGGCGUAUAUCUAUGACGAAUACAAGACCUUGCCAAACAGCAAAGACAGCAGAGUCCACAUCAAUUAUCUCGUUGGGUGGACGGACCUGCAGGCUGGCAUGAUCAGUGUCGACGCUGGCAGAAUACACGAAUAUGUUUCGGCUCGGGCAUACGAGGACUGGAAUACCAAAAGGGCAACUGAAAGGGACGAGGAGCUCAGGAAAGAAGAGGAGGCCGAGAACGUGAAACUUGUUGAAGAGGCAGAGAUGAAAGAGCGCGGCAUGAACCUUCGCAACGGCACUUUUCAGGUACCAGCCCGGAGCACCUCCAGGGAUCAUGCCGAGUCUAGCACAGCACUGAAGGACAAAAGGAGGAAGGCCAGCAGGCAUAUUCACCAGCGUGCUUCGCCGGUGUCCAGGGACAGUGCGCCCACGAUCUUAGCGCCAACUGAGUCGUCUAGGGAUAUGAAGGCUGACGGCCGUCCCGACUCCGCUUGCGAUACAGACGCGUCCAUUCGACGACAAUUGGAAGGCGAUGACACAACCGGCGAGAGCGAAUCUCUGACGUAUUCGCCACCGGCCAUCUCUACGGUGUCAAUGAUGGGUAUAGGAAUGUCAAGCGGAUCUGAACCUGGACUAAAAAGGCGAAGGACAUCCUCACUGUCCCAUUCGCAACAACAGGAUCCUUGGCGAGAGCUCGAUGCAGGCCGCGCCGGUGGCUCAACCGCUCGGAGCUCCGCGAUGCGACAGGAUCUACAGUAUCCUCCCGUCAAUGAAGCCAUGGGGCCACAGCCUGUCGCAUCUCUCAGCUCAACCCAAGUUUCCUCAGCUGUCGCUCGCCCUCCAACAUCGACAACGCAGUCUACAACACCGCUUACAGGUUUCACGCCGCUGGGUGGCCGCCGAAGUUCGCCAUGGACCCGGAUGAUCAACUCCCCCAGCGUCACCAAUUAUCAGUCCUCUGUAAGAUUGCCAAUCAACAGCAAACCAAUAGUAAUGGAGUCUCCGGCCGCUUCAUCAGCCGAACCACCGACGAAGGAUUCCAAAAAGGCAACGUUGAAACCGCCAGUGCCUCCUGCAGAACCCGAGGAUGAAUCAGGAGAGGUUUAUGAAGUCAAGCGGCUCGAAGACACCAAGCUCCAUGAUACAGAGAACGGCGUUCAGCGGAUGUUCCUUGUUCGAUGGAAAGGCUCUUGGCCUGAGGGACAGAAUCCUACAUGGGAGCCCGAAGAAAACAUUCCCCAAGACCUGGCUCGGAAGUUUAUGUUGAAGCGAAAAGCAGAAAUUGGCAAGAACAAAGCCACCGACACUGCACGACGCACAGCCUCGCCGCCAUGGAAACAGCAGAGAAAGUGGUCAAGCGUGUCUGAGGCUUUCGCUGGGGAUGACAACGGACCCGACUUCGGAAAAACUGGUAAAAUCAAAUCGAAAGUCCGCGAAGCCAUGGGUCCCGAUGGUGACGAGCAGCUUCUUGUUGUCGAUGAACAGACUCCGACCAGCAAGCCGGCAUUGAACUGGGAUAUGCUGAUGGGUAGUAAAUUUGGUGGAACAGCAUAA